AGACAGGUCGGGAUGAACCAGUUGUCUGCCUUGGUGGUUUCCAUCCAGGACCCAGCGAACCACAGCACCACUUUACGUGCGUCAGAAUUGACUUGUUGAAGUGAAGUUGUUAUCUGUGCAAAACACAUGUUGCGGUCCAUUUUACACACACACACACACACACACACACACACACACACACACACACACACACACACACACACACACACACACACACACGGUGAGCUCCUGAAGCCUCGUGAAAACCUCAUGAAGACUUUGUGGUUUUUGUCUUUUCUGGCUCUGGCAACAUUGAUCCUGAAGAAAUGUGGAUCUAUGUCACUUCACCCGGUUCUGACUGGACCCGACAUGGCCUUCCUGGGGUCAAAGGUCACUUUCCAGUGUGCUGCACCCGGGUCCUCGCUAUCAAUCACCUACGAGCUGAUCAGGGAAGGUCGUCGCCUGAUUGCCAGAGGCCGCGCCCUCCAGGGAGACCAGCCGGUGUCAUUUCUCCUGAAGGUCACUGUGACAUCAGAAGGGUUGUACUACUGCAGAGCCAAGACCAAAGACCGGACGGGAACCAGCAACCACAUUAAACUGCAAGUAGUCAGUGAGUGUCAGAGGGGGCAGAGCCUGUGUGUCAGACCAGGAGCGUCCACUCCUGUGUCAGGAACCAGAGUGACCUCUGUGCCCUCCCCCCCUGUCGUAUACGAGGGGUCACGCCUCAUCCUGAGCUGUGACAUCACAAAGGGCUCACAUGUGACCUACACCUGGUUUUUCAACAGAAAAGAAGUUUCAUCUGAGAUGUUCCCCUCCUCCCACUUGAGUGGGAACAAACUUGUGCUGGAAAAGACAACUGCAAAGCAUGCUGGGAGAUAUUCUUGCAUGGCUGGAUCCUGGCUGAAGGAUCUCACGAGGGUUUCCAGUAGCGGAGAGGUCCAGGUGACAGUAAAAGCCUACGUGUCCACACCCAGGAUCUCCUUCUCCAUCUCCAAAGUGGGAUCCACUUACUCUGCCAAUGUAACCUGCUGGUCAUCAACAGGAAGUCCUCCGGUCAACUUCUCCCUGACGCUGGACAACAGGCACGUGGGGUUUGUCUCAGCUGCCGAGUCCCUUGAUGCCUGCUUCUCAGUGGACAUGGUACCUGGGCAGGACAUGGGCCUGGCAAGAUGUCACGUGAAGACCGAUGUGCAGGAGCUGAAGAGUGAGCCUGUGGUUCUGGAAGUGGUCCCAGUGGGCGGCUCAGUGAGGGUAGAAGUGGAAUACCUCUACACGGCUGAGUCCAAGGUGGCCGGGGCCAGACUCCACUGUCACGUCAGCGCCGGAACCUUCCCAUACUUCUCAUGGCUCUUCAAUGAUUCUGUUCUUCCGGCUCUGGAGCACCACAUGGAGUCUGUCCACAGUCACUACACCCUUGCUGGCCGCAGAAGAACCCUGAUCCUCACAGAGCUGGAUCCACACCGGCCCGAGUACUACCGGUGCCAGGUCAGGAACAGCUAUGAUGACUCCUCCCCAUGGCUGAGGAGUGCGGCAGUCAAAGUCCAAGUCGCAGACAGAACCCGACCUCUUGACCGCCGUCCACCAUCGAGCACUCCAGCACCACCAAAUGCCGUCACGACCGAGACUGAGGUCAUCGCCAUCAUUUUCUGCUGCUUUCUGCUUCUCGUAUUGGUAGUGGGUGUGGCCUGUGCAUGCAGGAUGCAUGACCUCCAGGUCAUGAAGCUCAGAAGAGCCAACGAGGGUGCGGCAUGAAACCAUGCACUGAGAUCAUCCCCUAAAAUCACGCUCUGAGGUCACCCUGUCAGAUCACCUUCUGAGAUCACCCUGUGAAAUCACGCUCUGAGAUCACUCUGUGAAAAUCACCCUGUGACAUCAUGCUCUGAGAUCACCGUGAUAUCAUACUCAGAGCACCCCAUGAAAUCACCCCUGAAAUCAUCCUGUGAAAUCACGCUCUGACAUCAGCCGGAAAAUCACACUCUGAGAUCACCCUGUGAUAUCAUACUCAGAGCACCCCAUGAAAUCACCCCUGAAAUCAUCCUGUGAAAUCACGCUCUGAGAUCAGCCAGGAAAUCACGCUCUGAGAUCACCCUGUGAUAUCAUACUCAGAGCACCCCAUGAAAUCACCCCUGAAAUCAUCCUGUGAAAUCACGCUCUGACAUCAGCCGGGAAAUCACGCUCUGAGAUCACCCUGUGAUAUCAUACUCAGAGCACCCCAUGAAAUCACCCCCUGAAAUCAUCCUGUGAAAUCCCACUCGAGAUCAGCCGGGAAAUCACACUCUGAGAUCACCCUGUGUAAUCUCCCUGUGAAUUCACCCUCUGAGAUCAUUCCGUGAAAUUUCCCUGUGAAAUGUUGCUCUGACAGCACCUCAUCAAAUCACCCUCUGAGAUCACCCUGUGAAAUCACCCCAUGAAAGCUCCCUGUGAUAUCAGCCCCUGAGAUCCCUCUGUGAAAUCACCUUGUGAAAUUAUCCUGUGAAGUCAUGCUCUGAGAGCACCUUAUCAAAUCACCCUCUAUGAUCAACCAUGAAUCUCCCUGUGAAAUCACCCUCAUCAUAUCACACUCCAAAAUCAGUCUAUGAAUUCAGUGUUCAGCUGAACACAAAUGAAUUAUGUUCUUUAAUGACUGCUUGCUUUGUUGUUUUUAUUAAAGCAGUAAAAACCAUUAAAGCUUA